UGCACAGGGCCAGGUGGCAGAGAUCCGGGUCCCGUCGCCCCGCCUCCUCGUGACGCGGCUGUUGGUGCUCAUUGUGUCAAAACAGUGAGGGAGCGCGGCCCGGAACGGCCGAGACACACGGACCGGGACCGGGACAGGGACAGGGACAGGGACAGGGACGGCCCGGAGACUGGCUGGAGGAAGCUUUAUCCAGUGAUGGCGGAAGGAGGUUUUGACCCUUGUGAAUGCAUAUGCUCACAUGAGCGUGCAAUGAGAAGGCUGAUAAAUUUGCUACGGCAAUCACAAUCAUACUGCACAGACAAUGAGUGUCUGCAGGAAUUGCCUGGACCAAACACUGUCAAUGAUAAUGGAAUGACAAUUUCUAUGAUUAUGAUGGCUUGGAUGGUCAUUGCACUUGUGUUGUUCCUGAUGAGACCUGCUAGCCUGAGAGGAUAUCGAACGGGUGGAAAAUCACAAGGGCCGCACAAUAAUCCAAGGCCAGAACCUCCUUCUCCUCCUGUGGAUUAGCUUUAUGGAUAUGAAUUUCUUACAAUUACCAGCUAAGAAACCAGCUGACCAAACCAAUAACUGUGGCCUGAAUAAUUGCCAAAACUGUUAGUUUACUGAUGUAUAUUUUACUGAUAUUUUCAUAAAAAAUCACUAUUCCCAAUAUAGUACCUAUAAUAGUUGAAGAGUUAAUUGCAGUACUUAAAAAAAACAAAACUCUUCUAUUUUAGACAAAUGAAAACAUUCCUUUUAAAAGAAUUUGGGGAAAGAUGAGUAUCCCUAUGGUAGGCCUCUGCUAGUGAUGUUAUGAACAGAUGUUGUCCAUGAGAAGUGUGGGAGAGUGGGAUAUCUUCAAUAUUACAUCUGUCACUGUACUUUAUAUUGGGGUACAACGCUAGCAGGAUAUCCUUAUCAUUGUUAAUUUGCCCUAAUAAGAUUAUAAUAACUUUUCAUGCCAGUUUUGGGGUGAUAAUUAGACAGAGAUGGCUUGAGCAUUGUUACAGUGACUCCUCCUUUCAGAUUUUUGAUGCCAUUAGAUUUUAUCUGUAACUUGCUUGAAAUAGUUGUUUUAAAAUCCCAUUCCUGUAAAAUGCAGACCUUUGGAAAUUCUUACUUUCUGCACAGUGCAGUAUAUUCCACACACUUUUUGGCUUAUCAGUAUAUUUCAUUUAAAUGUUCUGGUAUUCAGGAUACUGUAUGAUGUAUACCAGUGCCAACCUAUACUGCGUAUAUGUAUUAUUUAAAUGUACAGUAGCAUCCAUCAAUUUCAAGGAUGCACUACUGACUUCUCUACAUUUCCAGUGCCAAUGCUGUUCUGAAUUUGUAUGCCAAUUUGUAAUGUUCAAUUGGAAGGCAAUCUAUUUUGUCUUAAUCUGAGUUCCAAGGGAAGACAUCUCUAUCAUAAUGUUUCUCCCCUAACAUUCGAUAAGGACCUGAGCGUUUAUUGCACACUAGAUUCAAAGUCAUUGUGUAGCAGUACCUGCUACAUUGGACAAAAUGUUUGCUGCGUCUCUGAUCUGAUUGCAUUUUAUGACACAAAUAUCUUUGCACUUAAGAAAACAAUGCUUGAAUUAGGCUUUAAAAUGCAUACAUUCAAUUGAAAUGUCUUUCUUCAUUUAUAUAAUUGUGGACAUCCGUGAACGAUGCAUUUGAUUUUUAUGUGAGUUUAUCUUCGGGUUGAAAGGCUAGUAUGUUAUGUAUGUGGAGCAGCAACACUCUUAACUCAUGUUCACAAUUCCUUAUUCAGUUCGGUUUCUUUUGAGUGUUGUUGCCGUGGGAUGCAUGAUAUGGAUGGGGAUGGUUUAGGAAAUCUGGAUAAUAAUCUAAACUCCUACAUUCCUAAAACGUAUUAUAGUAUUGCAUAAGUGAAGGCUAGGAGCAGUAGGAUCUGAAAUGGGGUGUAAAAUAACAAACUUGAACUUCAACUUACGGACUAGAUCAACCUGCUUUGCAAGCACAGAAGACCCUGCAAGUUCACAUUGUCUUCAGAAUAAUUCUGAUUUCAUUUUUCAUAUUUUCUUUAAUUAUAUUGCUCUAUUUUUUGUUUGAAUGGAUCACUGUCUCUGGUAAAUUGUGUAUUGAAAACUUUUGAGAUAAUCUUUGUCUCGUAGUCAACAAAGCUCUGUCCACUUAUUUUGGCCAAGCACUUUAGCACUUGGGGCAGAGAUGCUACAUUUGGCAAUGUUGCUAUUUGGGGUUACUGAUGAAGUUUCAUGUGUAAAUAUUGGGAAAGCUUUGCUUUAAUAAUCUUUGAGGAUGAAUAGCCACAAAACAUAAUACUAACAGAUGGAUAAUGAUUGUUACAAGCUAUGAAGGACAAACUGUCACCAGUGGAAAUGUGCCCCCCAUAGAAUGGCUUAGAGCCUGAUCAGAGGAGUUAUAUACAGUAGAAUAUUGAAUAUUAAUUAAAGUAUCUCCUAAUUUUAAGACCCUGUGAGUAUUUUUAAAAAGUAUAUUUUUCAGUUUUGUAUUUUAUAAGCCAUAUUAAUGAUAUGGCAAAUAAGGAACUGUGACGAAAUAAAGUGCAAACCUUGUCAAAUAAGGUUUUGGUAUUCACAACUGAUGUUGGGAUGACCUUCACCCAUGCUGGGUUUGUAGCUAUUUGUUAUUUGUCAUAACCACUGGUUACCUUCUACCGUUGAAAUUCUCUGAUAGUGGAAUGUUUUUAAGGACCUUACAUUCUCGCAUAUCGUAAUACAAGAAGUUCAGUCCAUUACGUUACACACAUGUCACUUGCUGUUUUCCUAAUAUUUAGUUACGGAGUUGCUAAAUCAGGAGAUUCUGAAAAUAAUUCAUAACUUGCUUAUGGAAGAGUGGUUAGACUUCAACACCUGGGAGUGGUGAGGUGAGGAGAGUUCCCCUUUUACCAAGAUAAAUGUUGCUGACAUUCCCAUUGAACCAAAUCUAGGGGGAAAGAAAAGUAAUAUCUAUUUUUAAAUGUUUUUGAUCUAUAAUAAUAGUGCAUUUGAAUAAUUUGAACACGUAAUAUCUGACUUAAAUUGCUGUAUAUUACUGUCCAGUUUGAUUCGCCACUUUUGACUUUGGUUUUAUUCUUACUCCUGUUGAAGUCAGAUGGAAAUGGCUGCCAACAAUUUAAAGAAAAACAUUGCAAUAUACCAAUUUUCAUUAUGCCCAUUUAUUAAUCAUUUAAAAUGUGUUAUUGAUACCACUAAGCCAUCUAAUUUCCAUUGAAUGGUAAUGCUACUUAAAGGGUUUAUUGAUAUUUUGAGCACUUUAAAAAAAAUUAUCCCAGGGUUAUUUUAUUGCAGCAUCACUUCUGAAUCGCAGUUUGAUAAUGCAUGUUAUCAAACAAAUGAUGUAUGGUGCGCAUACUAUAUAUUCAUAUAAUUCUGGGUCAAAUGUUUGUUUCAUUUUAUUCAAGGUAAAAUUUGUUUUGUUUAAUAUGAAGGUUGAUAUCAUCUUUGCACCUCUUAGGAUAUUUUGUUUGGAUUUAGAUAUUGCAAUUUUUUAAUUUAAAGGAAGACAUUAUUAAUUAUAGUAUUCAUGCUGAUUUAUGUUGUACUCCAUAAUUAAGGUCUAUGAUUGACCUAAUUUCUGUCUCCAUCUUGCUAAUCAAUACUAGGUUGGAACCAUUUGGGAACAAGUGAGAGUUGUCCCACCAAAAGCAAAAUAAAAUUACAUUUGGGUUUGUAGACUCGUGUGAAACCAAAUUAAGUGCAAUCAUACAAAUGAAACGGCAGAGAACAUGACUGCCAACUUUCUCGGCUAUAAAAGAUGUAGUGGUCCAAGAGGGAACUGUGGGUAAUAUUGCUUUUGGGGAAACUUGCAAUAUUAUUUAUAUUGCUGUCGCAAGUUAUGGGAUGCAUUGCUUGCUUUUUCAAAAUGGUGUAAAUUAAAUUUAUAAAUAUGCCAACAAAGUUGUAACCAUGUUAAACGUGUGUAAAAUAAUUGUUGACUCUUGAUUCUGCUUGUACUAUAAUUAGUGCCAUUUCAUGGCCUUUAAAAACUUUAAGGAAUUGUCAUUGGGAUGAUGGCUUCUACUUUGCACACUUUGUUCCAUAUUAAAAGUUUAUAUGGUUAUAAACAUGGAAUAAA